GGUGCGAUCACAACACAUGCGCCGCCUGCAUGUUUUGAAAAAGAGCCACAACAUCAAGAGCUGAUACUCCUUCUGUUUCACCGUUUCACCGAAAAUCAGUAUGCCAAAGUCUGUGAAGAAAUGCAGCCGCCGGCAGACUUCCGUGAGCGAGUACUUCACCAAAAUGAGUGGGAUUAACCACAAUCCUGCUCCACAGCAGCUUUCAAGAAGCAAGCAGAAACAUAAGUCAGUGGAUGAUUUGGAGCGGCCAAGAAAGCGAGCAAAACUACCUUCGCAAGAUCAGCAGCAGGAGAGAGAUUUGGACUGUGAGCCCACUGGAGCCUGUCCGAGCACAAAAGAGACAAAACCAACAUUGAGCGGAGGAGCACGUGGUGUUUGCUCCUCCACUCUGGAGAAACUGAGAGAAUUCACCUGCGCAGCUGAGCCCAUGGUCAGGCAUGGUGACACCCAGAGCGAGGGAAACAAGGCGGAUGGUGCUGGCAGUAUAAUCUGUGACCAAAGAAGCAAUGGCCGACCAGAUCAGCAGCACAGCUAUAAACACCAACGUCAAAAGUCGGAAGAGGAGCACGAGGAUGAAGAAGUUGAAAGAGGCGAGAGUUCAGGGACGGCUGCUACAAAAGAGAAUAUCUGCUUGUCUCAGUUUGCAAUGUCAGGACAAGGAGGCGGGAAAGGAAAAGGUGUAGAGCCGAGUCGUCAGUCUGAUGUCAGUGCCUCCUCCAGAUGCUCAAAAAGCACAUACACUCCCCUGGAGCAGCAGGUCAUUGAGCUGAAACAGCAACACAAAGAUGCCCUGUUGGCUGUGGAGUGUGGCUACAAGUACAGGUUCUUUGGAGAGGAUGCCGAGAUCGCUGCAAAGGAGCUGAAUAUCACCUGUCAUCAGGAUCAUAACUUCAUGACCUGCAGCAUCCCCACACAUCGACUCUUUGUUCAUGUCAGGCGGUUGGUGUCCCAUGGACACAAGGUUGGUGUGGUAAAGCAGACUGAGACGUCUGCAAUGAAGGCCUUAGGGGCGGGCAAGAACACGCUGUUCACUCGGCAGCUCACUGCUCUCUACACCAAGUCCACGCUGGUGGGAGAAGAUGUAAACCCAGUCUGUAGACUUGGGGAUGUGGAGGAGGAAGCCACUGGUGACGUGGUGAUGGACUCGGCUGACAGCUUCCUGCUGUGUUUGAGUGAGAGAUGGGAUAAAGUGAAGAAGCAGCUCACUGUUGGACUUGUGGCAGUUCAGCCCAGCACAGGAGACGUGUUAGUGGACUGUUUUAUGGAUGGUCAGUCACGCUCUGAGCUGGAAGCUCGAAUCCUAAAGAUCAACCCGGUGGAGAUCCUGGUGCAGUCUGACCUCUCUGAGCAGACCCACAGAUUCCUACAGAGCUUCAGCAAUGCCAGUGCUCAGGGAGAUGACCAAGUGAGAGUUGAGAAGAGAGACCCGGCUCAGUUUGAGUUCGCCUCUGCAAUGAACACAGUCACUGAGUUCUACUGCAACAACAAAGCAAAAGGCGCUCACUCUCUGUCGAGUGUAGCAUCCUUGGAGAGCCAGGUGAUCUGCUGUCUGGGGCCGCUAAUCCAAUAUCUCCAAGAUUUUAACUUGGAGAGAGUUCUUUUAAGUGAGAGCUCAUUUCAGCAUCUCUCUUGCAAGUCGGACUGUAUGAUUCUCAGUGCUACUACCCUUAGGAACCUGGAAAUCCUCAAAAAUCAGACAGAUGGCGGCGUGAAGGGCAGUCUUUUGUGGGUGGUGGACCACACUCGCACUCCAUUUGGGAAGAGACUGAUGAGGAAGUGGGUGAGCCAGCCACUAACAGAGCCCCAAUCCAUCUCAGAACGACAGGAUGCUGUGCAAGAGAUGUUGGAGUCGGACUCCCUCACUUUAAAUUCCACCAGAUCCCUCCUGUCACAUUUGCCAGACCUGGAGAGAGGCAUCUGCAGCAUAUACCACAAAAAGUCUUCCACGCAGGAGUUUUACCUCAUUAGUAGCAGUCUUUGUCGCAUAGGUCUGGAGCUGCAAGCCCUAGUCCCAGCCAUCCAGUCACAGAUCAGCUCGAGGCUGCUCCAGAGCAUCUUGUUAGAUGUCCCUAAUCUGCUGGCUCCGGCCCAAAGUUUUCUCAAGGUGCUCGAUAAAAACGCUGCCAAGUUGGGGAACAAGACUGAGCUGUUCACAGAUCUGUCCAACUUCCCUGUGCUGCGGGAGCGGCGGAAUCAGAUUCAGACUGUCCUUAAUGAGAUUCAAGACCACCGCAAAGAAAUCCAACAGAUGCUGAAAGCCCCCGGAUUUGACUACAAAACUGUCUCUGGGCAGGAGUUUCUGAUUGAGGUGAAAAAUACGCUGGCAUCUACUGUCCCACAUGACUGGGUCCAAAUCAGCAGCACUAAGACCGUCGGCAGGUAUCACUCUCCUUGCUUGGUGAAGCGCUAUAAGACACUGCAGCAGCUCCGGGAGCAGCUGCUGCUAGACAGCCAGAGGGAGUGGAUCAAUUUUUUGGAUCGGUUUGGAGAGCACUAUCACACCAUGAAAAGGGCUAUUAGUCACCUAGCAACCGUGGACUGUCUCUUUUCAUUGGCUGAGGUUGCUAAACAAGGGGACUAUUGCAGACCGGAGCUGUGUGAAAAUCAGCGUCAGAUCAUGAUCAGAGAUGGUCGACACCCUGCCAUCGACUUACUCAUGGGGGCGCACAACCAGUAUGUGCCCAACCACACUAAACUACAGGGUGAAGGCAGAAGAACUAUGAUAAUCACUGGUCCUAAUAUGGGGGGAAAGAGCUCCUACAUCCGUCAGGUGGCUCUGAUCUGUGUCAUGGCUCACAUGGGCUCAUACAUCCCCGCCUCUGAGGCCCAUCUGGGCCUCCUGGAUGGCAUUUACACCAGGAUGGGUGCUUCAGACAACAUCUACAAAGGGCGCAGUACGUUCAUGGUAGAGUUAAGUGAAGCCUCCGAGAUCAUUUCUCAUGCCACUGAACGUUCAUUGGUCAUCCUUGAUGAGCUGGGGCGGGGCACAAGCACCCACGAUGGGAUUGCCAUCGCCUAUGCCACCCUGGAGUACUUCAUCAAACACGUGAGAGCCCAAACCCUGUUUGUGACCCAUUAUCCCCCUCUGUGUGAGUUGGAGCGAGUGUAUCCUGAACAUGUGUCCAACUACCAUAUGGAUUUCCUGCUCAAUGAACCUGACAUUGCUACUGACACUAAUGAUGGAGAGGUUCAGCCAGAAUUCAUCACCUUCCUCUACCAGCUAACUGAAGGAGCUGCAGGGCGGAGCUAUGGCCUAAAUGUAGCUCGACUGGCUGAAAUCCCGGAUUUGAUACUACACACUGCUGCUCGCAAAGCCCGGGAGCUGGAGAAUGUAGUCAACACCAGAAGGAAGAAUAAGAAACUUCUGUCGGAUAUUUGGAGCAUCUCAGACCGAUCAUCGCUCACGGAGUGGCGGCAGUCACGCUGACAUCACUGCAGCAGCGUUCAACACGUGAAAAAGACUGAACUUAAACAAAGACGUUUAGAUAUUCUCACAGAAGUGUAAAGUUGUUUGAGAACAGACUCGGGGCCAAGCCAUCUCAGGCUAUGGUUCUCACAUCAUCUUUACUGUACUGAUGAAAAUGUUGCCUACGAUAGCAGUGACCACUUUGUGUUAGUGGAAGAAUGAAUUAUUCAUCUUUCACCGCUUUAUCCUUCACAUGAGGUUUGCGGGCGGAAAAA